UCGUGCGGUACGGACGUCGAUUACGGUUCGCUGGUGGUGGUUAGUUGGCUUUUCGGUCACACACAAGUCUUAGCUUGCGAGGAUUGUGUGGUUACAAACACAAUAAACAAAAACAAUAAGAAAGCCAGAAAACUAGUAAAAAUUAUUAGCACGUCGCGCCAACUUUUGAUUUAUAGCGAUUCUUAGUUUGCAUUAUUUUCAAAAUUUUUAAAAUUUCGCUUGGCGUUGACAUUAGAAUUUCCAAGUGAACCAACCGCAGCCAGACGGCGUACAGUGAAAUGGGGGCGCAGGUACCCCAAAGUGGUGCGAACGCCGCGAGGCGAACGCUGUGGAGUGUCUCGAUGAUCUUCAAAGUCGUGGCAGUGCUACUGAUAUUGCAUACCACAUGUGGCACCUACCACACGGCAACGGCUAAGCAACUGAGCAAUGCCGAACUCAACAUCGACGACACCUUCGAUAUUGAUCAAUUUGAGGAAGCACCGGCCGCCAAUCCAAAAUUGUUGCUGGUGCGUAACGAACGCGACCUUGACAAUGAAUCACUGCUGGAGGACGAACUGCAACCGAUUGCGGCCGAAGAAGAUGCCGAUGCCGACGCCGACAGUGGCAGCUGGCUCGCAAAGGGCGUGAAACGUGUGCGUCGCGAACUGAGUCGGCUAUUCGGCAAAGCAGAAGACAAGUCCGCUGCCCACCGCCACCACCGAGUCAGCGGAGGCACAAAAAAUAAGCACGUCAAGCACCCGAAGCACCAUAAGGCGCACGGUGGCGAUGACAAAAAGCAUCAUAACAAACACCAGCUCAACGGCAAACAUCGUGCACAUCGGUUGUUGCAGCGACAACGGCCGGAUGGCAACGAACACGAUAAUUUCGAGCAUCAAGGAAAGCAAAUAAAUAAACUAGCGAAAAAACACACGAAACGGCAAAGCGAUUACGAUGUUGAUGGUUCUGGUGAUGGCGACGAAGACUUUGUAGUUCCAGAUACGGAGCUAUGGCAUACGUUUUUUAUCAUUACCGAACCGUGGACCGAAGAUUUUUCCCGCGAAUCGAGUGAAAAAUUUUUGGAAUUACACCGCCAGCUGGAGAUCGCUUUUCGCGAUCUUUUCCAUGCCACGUUCAGCGAUGAAGAUUUUGAAAUAAAUCCAACAUUGAAAUCCAUAAGCCCUAGCAAUGAUAAAUUCAAAGUUUACGCCCUCGUUGAGCUGCAACUACCGAGAGGUAACACUGAUUUCAAAAAUGUCUUCGAAAGUCAAAUUACCCGCUACCAUCGUCUGGGUGGCUUAGGCGUCGAGGCUGACGAACGCUUUUAUUUCAAGCGUGAAGCCGAAGAUCUUGAAGAUGUCGUAUAUAAUCCAGCAAAAGAGUAUGAUGGUGAAGGCGGUAACGAAGUGCCUACUGGUUAUGAAUGCGAUCCAGAAGUCGGAUUUAGGUGUGCAGAUGGUUCGUCCAUUGCUUGUGAAAGUCUCUGUAAUAAUCAGUCAGAUUGCUUUGAUGGUGACGAUGAGGAAGAGGCAUUUUGUGAAGAACGUCAGCGCAUUGAAAUGGAGGAAAGGAGACGCCAGCACGCUGAAGAAGAGGACAAAAAGAGGCGUGAACAAGAUGAAAAACGUCAACGAGCGGAGGCAGAACGUCGUCGCGUUGAAGAAGAAGAAGAAGAAGAAGCACGUCGUCGAGCUGAAGACGAGCAACGUCGCGCUGAUGAAGAUCGUCUGAGAGCUGAAGAAGAAGAAGCACGCCGUCAAGUUGAAGACGAGCAACGGCGUGCUGAAGAGGAACGCUUGAGAGCUGAAGAAGAAGUAGCACGUCGUCAAGCUGAGGACGAGCAACGUCGCGCUGAAGAAGAACGCUUCAAGGCUGAAGAAGAAGAAGCACAUCGUCAAGCUGAGGAAGAAGACAAAGCAAAUGAAUUGGCUGAAAGAGAAGAAGAGGAACGACGACAAGAGGAGGAGCAUCGUAGUCGAGGCGAAGAGGACGCCGACAAUAUCCCGUAUGAUACAUAUGCACCAUAUCCGGACGAAGAAAAUAACCUAUUUACACCAUAUCCAACUGAGGAGGACAACGAUGUGGAAUAUGAUGAAGAGACGCGUCGUCGUAAUGAGGAAGAACGUACACGCAUUGAACAGGAAGAAGAGGAUCGUCGCCUUGCUGAAGAGAAGCGUCAGCAAGAAGAAGACGAGCAUCGGCAAGCUGAAGAAAAGCGUCAACAAGAAGAAGAUGACCAUCGACGUGUACAAUAUGAAGAAUUUGAACGUCGCCGUGCCGAGGAAGAACGCCAACGAGCUGCACAGGAAGAAGAAGAGUAUAGACGUGCUGAAGAAGAACGCAGACUGGCUGAUGAAGCAGAGGCACGUCGACGUGCAGAACAAGCAGAAGCUGAGCGUCGUCGUUACGAAUAUGAAGAAGAGCAGCGGAAUCGAGAAGACGCAGCAGGACGAGACCCUUACGAAGAACCCGAAGGACCCGAAACGCCCACUGAAGCGCCCGAAGUGUCCGAAACCAACGAGCCGGCAUAUAAUCCCAACUUCGACGAGGGUUCCGGCGAUGAUUAUGGCAUUUCAACCGACCGUUCGACAGUCUUCACGGCUGCCGGUUGCCGCGGUGAUGCCACAUACACGUGCUACAAGUCUGGUUCCCGCAUCUGCGACGAACAACGCUGUGACGAUCACGAAGACUGUCCCGACGGUGAGGACGAAGAAGACUGUGGUUUUAUUUCCGGCGGAUUCGAUGACAAAGAGGACGACGUUGGGGGCGAAGAUGAUAAUCAGGCUGGUGGAGGAGAAGAUGAUGGCGGCUAUGAACAUGUGUGCUCCGACUCCGAGUUCAAAUGUGACGGUCGCUGUUUACCGCUGGAGUAUUUCUGCAACGGUAGAGUGGAGUGCCUUGACGGCACCGACGAGCGGGACUGCCCUGAUACUAAACCAGAAGCCACAGUGUGCCAACCGGACGAGUACAGAUGUCGAGCUGGCAAUUGCAUUGACAGUGCCCGGCGCUGUAAUCGCGUGCCUGACUGCCCCGAUGGUGAUGAUGAGGACGCUAGCUGCCUAAUCGGUUGUCGCGAAGACGAGUACCUUUGCAAGGACGGCAUGCGCUGUAUUAGCAAUUCGAAGAUCUGCGAUCGUGUAACAGAUUGCAUAGACGCCGACGACGAGGAUGGAUGUGAAGGCAGUGGUGAGUCCGCAUGCCGAUACAACGAAUUCCAAUGCGGCAAUGGUCAGUGCAUACCGAUGCGUGAGUUGUGCGAUAAUAUCUAUGAUUGUGUAGAUUAUUCAGACGAAAGGGACUGCGACCUUGAGGACAUCGGACGCAAUAUCUUCGAUGAAGAUGAAAUAAUACGCGAAUACGCACCACACGACCACAGAGUUUUAACCACGGAAGCGCCUGUCCUGGAAGGUUUGGACGCCAAGGAGUACUACCUCUACAACUCGGGCCUCUAUGAAAAGUCGAACGCGCAGCACGCCUGCAACGAGCGACAAUUCGAGUGUGGCAACAAGGUCUGCAUACCUUUGCACCUGCGCUGUGACGGAUUUUACCACUGCAACGAUCUAACGGACGAGUACGGCUGUGAUCAAUACAGACCGGAGCCGCGGCGCACGACAUUGCCGCCGCCGAAGCUUGUGCGCACCACACACUCACCCUGGUGGAAUACCACUGCCGCCACAAGAACUACAACGACGACGACGACGAGCCGGGCCAGUACAACAACAACGGACGCAAAUAUUGUCACACCCUUAGUACCCAGCUACAACAAUAACACUUGCCUCGAAAAUCUUGAGUUCGCGUGCCGUAACGGCGAUUGCAUACCGAUCGAGAGCGUUUGCGAUGGCGCUGCCGAUUGCAGGCAGCGCGAAGACGAGGACUACAGUUUAUGCAACUGCAGCAGCGAUAAGUGGAAAUGUUUGCGCGGCGGCGGUUGCAUAGCCAAAACUCAAGUCUGCGACGGCAGGCGACAGUGCAAGGACGGCAGCGACGAGAGCAUUUGCCAUUUUCAUGCUAAGUAUAAUAAGACGCGCAUUGUGAAUGAAUGCCAUAGCUUUCAGUAUCAAUGCGCCGACGGUAUCUGCAUUUCGGGCUACAAACGGUGCAACGGCAUAACCGAUUGCGUUGACGGUUCCGACGAAAAUAAUUGCCCGUUAAAUUAUGAUGACACCACCUACGACUUCGAACCGGAUCCCGCGCUCAGCGAAUGCGAUAUUUACGAAUUUGAGUGCGACUACUCGCGUUGUAUACCGAUUGAGAAGAAAUGCGACGGUUAUCCGGAUUGCGAUGACGAGACUGAUGAAUUACAAUGUCCGCCCUUCACAGUUGCUACGCGCCACACGCCGGAAGACUGCACGGCCGAUCAGUAUUUUUGCGACGACGAAUGCCAUCCGGACUCUAUACGUUGCAACAACAUUAGAGAGUGCACGGACGGCAGCGACGAGCUGAACUGUACACCAUAUCCGCCCACACGACCACGCCCAUUGCCCACCUACCCAUGCCCAAUGCACACUUGUCCGAACGGCAAAUGCUACUCGGAGAGUGAACGUUGCGAUGGCUCACGCGACUGCGACGAUGGCGCCGAUGAGGCAAAUUGUUGCGCUGCCAAUCAAUUCCGUUGUCGCAAUGGUGACUGUGUUUCCAGUAACGCCCAGUGCAAUGGUUAUCAGGACUGCCGCGACGGCUCGGACGAGGAGGACUGCUCUGAGCCCGCCUACGUUGUGCCCUGUACCGGUUCGCAGUUCCGCUGCAAUAAUGGACAGUGUAUAAAUGCGGCGGCGCGCUGUGAUGGCUACACCGAUUGCGCGGACAGCUCCGAUGAGAUUUCGUGCAAAGCUGUAGAUUUCCCAGCCUCAAAUCCAGAAUUGAACUUGAAGACAUACCCCGAGAGCCAGAUUAUCAAAGAAAGAUAUAUUAAGGAGGGUCGCGAGGUUAUCUUCCGUUGUCGGGACGAAGGUUCACUGCGCGCACGCGUCAAAUGGACACGCCCUGGUGGACGUCCCCUACCGAUUGGCGCACGAGACAAUGGCGAUGGUCGUCUGGAAAUCCCCAACAUCCGCGUUGAAGACUCCGGCCCAUAUAUCUGCGAAGCUGCAGGCUACCCCCGUCAUGUCUCUGGACAACAAGUAACCGUACAUCUUACAGUGGAGAAAUUGAAUCCCGACAACGAACGUCCACCAACAGCUUGUCGCGCCUACCAGGCCACCUGCCGUGACAACCAAUGUAUCGAUAAGUCACAAAUUUGCGACGGUACUCCACACUGUGCGGACGGUUCCGAUGAGGAGAGCUGCAGUCACGGUCUUAAAUGCCAGCCCAAUCAGUUUAUGUGCCGCAACUCGCGCUGUAUUGACCGCAUCUGGCGCUGCGACGGCGAGGACGACUGCUUCGAUAAUUCAGAUGAGGACAGUUGCGACCCCGAGCCAAGUGGUGCACCAUGUCGCUACGACGAAUUCCAAUGUCGCAGCGGUCAUUGCAUUCCCAAAAACUUCCAGUGUGACGACACAAAUGAUUGUUUGGAUGGUAGCGAUGAAAUCGGCUGCAUGGGUCCUGCCGCAAUCCGUCCACCGCCUCCAAAUGUUCGUUUGGAAUCGGGCGAGGCCUUAAAUAUUACUUGUGUGGGCACCGGCGUACCAGUCCCACUUAUCGUCUGGCGCCUGAACUGGGGUCACGUCCCCGAUAAAUGUGUCACGAAGAAUUAUGGCGGCACAGCUACACUGUACUGCCCCAAUAUGGCAUCACAAGACCAAGGCGCGUACUCGUGCGAAAUUCUCAACCCGAAAGGCCGCGUUUUCGUUACACCUGAUACACAAGUAACAGUCAACACUCCGACAACCGCCGACGUCUGUCCAGCCGGCUUUUUCAACAUGCUCGCUCGCCGGCCCGAUGAAUGCAUCGACUGCUUCUGUUUUGGCAUAUCUAAGACUUGCAGGAGUGCCAAUCUUUUCAAUUUUGCUAUUCAACCAUCAAUUUCUUCACACAAGGUCAAGAACGUAGAAUUGAAUCCGUAUGGUGAUAUUAUCAUCAAUGAUGCACCAGUUCCCAAUAUCCUCAGCCGUCAUCAUGGUGUACAGUUCCGCGUAUCCGAUGUGGGAUAUAACAGCCGUGAACAGCCUUACUUGGCACUGCCUAACGAGUAUAUGGGCAACCAGUUGAAAUCUUAUGGUGGCUAUCUGCGCUAUGAGGUCAAUUAUAUGGGCAAUGGACGUGCCAACAAUGCACCUGAUGUUAUAAUAACUGGCAACGGUCUAACACUCACUCAACGCGUGCGUAAUCAACCGGAACCCAAUGUGAAGAACAAGAUUUCUGUACAAUUCAGUUCUGGUAAUUGGUACAAGACUGAUGGUCGUCGUGCAACUCGUGGUGAGGUCAUGAUGGUACUCGCUAAUGUGGACAACAUUCUCAUUCGUUUGAGCUACAUUGAUGCUACAGAACGUGAGGUUGAACUUACAAACAUAGUUAUGGACUCUGCUAGUCUUGAUGAUCAAGGCUUAGGCUCAGCUUCGUUGGUCGAGAAAUGCGUCUGUCCACCUGGCUACAUUGGUGACUCUUGCGAGACGUGUGCUCCUGGUUAUGUGCGUGAGAAAUAUGGUCCCUGGUUGGGUCGCUGCGUACCUUUUGUACCAGAGCCUUGCCAACCAGGUACCUAUGGCGAUCCCGCUCGUGGCAUACCAUGUCGCUCUUGCCCAUGUCCACAAACUGGUUCAAGCAACUUUGCCAGCGGUUGUCAGUUGAGUCCCGAUGGCGACGUAACUUGCAACUGUCUCGAGGGUUAUACUGGCCGACGCUGUGAGAUCUGCGCUGCUGGUUAUCAGGGCAAUCCGCUAAUUCCUGGCGGCAGCUGCCAUCCAAUUCCAGAGAGCACAUGCAACGCUGAGGGCACUUACUAUCCGCAUCCCAACGGUACAUGCGAAUGCAAGCCGCUAGUUGUCGGUCCACGUUGUGACACCUGUGCUCCCGAAUCCUUCCAUUUGAACAGCUUCACAUACACCGGUUGCAUUGAAUGCUUCUGCAGCGGUCUGACAAAGCAAUGUUCCAGCAGCAGCUGGUACCGUGAUCAAAUAUCUUCAAGCUUUGGACGUUCAGGCGCACCUCAUGGUUUCGAGUUGAUUCGCGACUACAAAGCCGCACAGCCAUCUAAAGUCAAUUUCCAACAAUAUAAUAGCGCUCUGACAUUCAACCAACAGUUGUCCCCCGAUCCACUGUAUUGGAGUCUACCUGCACCAUUCCUUGGUGACAAGAUUACCGCCUAUGGUGGCAAACUAUCGUAUAACCUCAGCUAUAACCCACUGCCAGGUGGACUUAUGUCCCGCAACACAGCACCCGAUGUUGUCAUCAGUGGUGAAGAUAUAACGAUUAUUCACUACCGUAAAGCCGGUGUGAACCCCAGCCAACCCAGCUCGUACUCAGUACCGAUCAUUGAAAGCGCCUGGCAACGUCCUGAUGGUCAAGUGGUCAAUCGUGAACACUUGUUGAUGGCACUUUCGAAAAUUGAUGCGAUCUAUAUCAAGGCCACCUACACUACCAGCACCAAAGACGGCCAACUGACGCAAGUUUCACUGGAUAUUGCUACGCAGAAUAAUAUCGGAACACCACGUGCCUACGAAGUGGAAGAAUGUCGCUGCCCAGUUGGCUAUAUUGGACUCUCUUGUGAGCGUUGUGCGCCUGGUUAUAAACGUCUCAGCGAAGGAGGUCUUUACUUAGGCGUUUGCAUCCCGUGUGAAUGUAAUGGCCACUCAGACCAAUGCGACGCUGAGACCGGCACAUGUAUCAACUGCGAACACAAUACCGCUGGUGAAUUCUGCGAUCGCUGUGCUCCAGGUUAUGUUGGCAAUGCUUCCGGUGGUACACCAAAUGACUGCUCGCCCGAUUAUGAUGAACCCUACCCACCACCGGCUCCGGGCAAUCAAACAAUUGAAUGUGCCUACUGCAACCGCGAUGGUACUGCCUCCUGCAGUGGUAACUAUUGCGCCUGCAAGCCCAAUGUAGUUGGCCCAUAUUGUAGUGAGUGUCGACCGGGCACUUAUGGCCUAUCCGAGCGCAAUCCCGAUGGCUGUGAGGAGUGUUAUUGUUCUGGCAAGAGCACAAAAUGCAGCUCUGCUGUAUUAUACCGCCAACUUAUACCUGUCGAUUUCAUCCUCUUCAAACCGCUGCUCACAGACGAAGAAGGAAGCAUAGUUGAUGAAGAGAAUCUAAGCUUUGACAUACCUACAAACAUGUUCACUUACAACUACAAUUCGUAUACACAAAAGUACUGGAGCAUACGCGGCUCAGUAUUGGGCAACCAGCUGUACUCAUAUGGCGGACAUCUAUCGUAUAGGCUGGAUGUGGACAGUUACGGCAACAGUGUACCCGGCAGUGAUGUUAUACUCAUUGGUAAUGGUAUGAAAUUGGUCUGGUCCAGACCACGUGAGGAGCAAGAUAGUAGUGAAUACCGUGUACGCUUGCACGAAGAUGAAAAUUGGCAACGAAAGGAGUUCGGUCGCUCUGUAAAUGCCGGACGUUUGGACUUCAUGAGCGUGCUAUCCAACUUGGAACACAUUCUUAUACGCGCCACACCCAAGAUACCAACCACACGCACAAGCAUACGCGAUGUAAUACUUGAGUCGGCCGGCGAGCAUCGCACACCCGAUGCUCAACAAGCCAUCGAAGUGGAAGUCUGCACCUGCCCAGCUGGCUACUCGGGCACCUCCUGCGAGAAGUGCGAACCACUGCAUUACAAAGACAACUAUGGCAGCUGCGUCGCCUGCCCUUGUCGCGAAGACACCACCGACUCCUGCUACCUACAAGACAGCGAAGUGACCUGCAGAUGCAAGCCGGGUUACUCCGGUCAACAAUGUCAGAUAGAUGAUGGCUACGCUCGACCGGAACCGCCGAGGCCAGUGCCCACACCGCUGCCAGAUUACCAAACACAGAUUACCGUCUCGAUUGCACCGCCUGAAAUCACCAUCAUACCGAUCGGUGGCUCACUAACUUUGAGCUGCACCGGUCGUAUGGCUUGGAAUGGCGUGCCCGUGUUCGUGUCAUGGUCCAAGCUGGGCGAUCGUCUGCCGAUCGGCGCCGAAGAAGAUGGUGGCGUUUUGCGCUUAUACAAUUUAGAAAUACACGACUCCGGUGUGUAUGUCUGCCGUGCAGUGAAUAACGAGACGAACCGCGUUUUUGAAGACCGAAUUUCCAUAACCAUAACGGCCUAUGCCAGUGAAAUGUUGGCUCGUUACGAGCAAUCACAGCGCACGCCAUCACAAAUCGUCAACCUGCCGCAAGUGGUCACAUUCGAGGAAUACCAACGCAAUGAAAUCUACUGCGAAGUGAGUGGUCAUCCAACCCCAACAGUCACAUGGACCCGUGUCGAAGGCCAAAUGUCUCUGGAAGCACGCACAGAAGAUACCCGUCUCAUCUUCGAAGCACCACGCAAAUCUGACGAGGGCCGCUACCGCUGUCGGGCCUCCAACGAAAACGGCAUCGAUGAGAAGUAUACACAGGUUUAUGUGCGCGUCGCGCCACCCGUAGCACCACCACCGCCCCGCGAACUUAUUUACAUCGACCCGCCAUCAUUCACCGGCGAGUCGGGACAGCCAGUACGUCUCACCUGCCAACCGACUACCUCUAUCUCGCUCAUCUAUGAGUGGAACAAAGAUGGUUAUCCACUGUAUCGUCAACGUAAUGUCAUCAUCAGCGGAAACACCAUUGAAAUACGUGACUCCACGCCACGUGAUUCCGGUCUCUACACUUGCAUCGGCAUUGAUUUGCGCGGUCGACGCAAUUACACAAAUGACGCACAGGUAUUGAUCGAAGACAGUGGCUACCCAGCACCGGGACCGGGACCCUAUCCAGGACCACUGCCGGGCACUAUCGAGCCGGCUGUAAAACACUUGCCCGAACAGAACCGCAUCAUACAAGGACAAGAUUUCUCUAUCACCUGCGAGGCCACCGGUUCGCCCUACCCCAGCAUCAAAUGGACCAAGGUUCACGAGGCACUUGCUGACAAUGUGCAACAAACCGGCAACGUUCUGCGCAUCAUUAAUGCGCGUCCUGAGAACCGCGGCAUGUACUUGUGUAUUGCCGAGAGUAUUGCAGGCUCUGAUGAAUCAAACACUAUUAUCGACGUUGAACCACGUGAAAGCCCAACCGUAGACGUACACCCGCCCGGUCCCCAAUCAGUUACUGUGGGCACUGAGGCUAUGCUUUACUGCAGUGGAACUGGUAUUCCCGAUCCUAGUGUACAGUGGCGUCGCGUUGACGGCAAACCCUUGUCACCGCGCUGCCAGGAAAUCAGCCCCGGCUACAUAAUGAUCCGUGAAAUUCAAUUGGAAGACUCCGGCGAUUACGAAUGUAUUGCACAGAACGAUGUGGGACGUGUGACAGUGGUGCAGAAGGUGAUCGUUAUGUUGCCACCCGUAAUCACACUUGAGCCGAAUGACGAAUACUUGAGCUUAACUGAAGGUGAUGAACUCAAGGUGAUCUGCACGGCUACUGGUGUACCCAGCCCCAUAGUACAGUGGGUGGAUGAUACCACAGAAUUCAACCGCGGUUUGCCACCCACACACAACCAAGUCUUCUUGGAGAAGUACCGUGUAGAUCGAAACGACGCCAAGACAUACAAGUGCAUAGCGAGCAACGAAGCUGGCACCGCUGAGAGCUCUGUGACAGUAGAAGUACGACCACGCCGCGGCGAUGUGCCACACGAUGGCGAUGUGAUACGUAAUCCUUAUCCAAUUUACCCACGCCCGCCACAGUAUGACCCACCACAGAAUGUGUAUCGCGCCAACAAGGGUGAAGCCGUAAGGCUAACUUGCGACCUCGGUCCUGAAUUGAUGACAAGUUGGCAACGAGAAGAUGGCCGUCCAUUGCCACCAAACUCGUACUUGGAACAAAGCAGCCUGAUCAUUACAGCAGUGGAGGAACAAAACAGCGGCAAAUAUAUCUGCAAUGCGAUAGACAACCGUGGCUCCAUUGUAUCGUUCGUUAUUGCUGAACUGGUCUUAGUGCCUAUUCCCCAGAUCACCUUCCAUCCGAACAUACCAAUUGUGGUAACUGUUAAUGACAACAUCGACGUCUACUGCGAAGUAACUGGCGAACAGCCCAUCGAAGUGUCCUGGCACACUGACCACAAUCGCCCCUUGACAGACACUGCACGUAUCGAAGGACAGUACCUGCGCUUCAACGGUAUUACGCCAGCUGACGCAGGUCGCUACUAUUGCUCGGCUUCCAACCGCUACGGCAACACCACGAAAAUGGCCGAGGUUACCGUUAACCGCCGCGGUCCCUACUUACCAUCGCCACGUGCGCAGACUUACAACAUACGCGAGGGUGACGACGUAACACUGGAUUGUGAUGUGCAAUCCGUUCGCGAAACGUUACGCGGCGAAAUCAGAUACGAAUGGCAUCGCGAAGACGGUCGACCACUGCCACGCAACGCUUUGGUACGCGAUCAACGACUCUAUCUGCGCGGUGUACAAAAGCCGGACGAAGGCCGCUACGUUUGCGAGUCCUAUUCGACAGGAGGCAGUCGCUCAGCACCGUCGUUUGUAGAUCUGAUUAUCAAGCGAGGCUACAGCAUAAGUGAGGUCCCUUGCGUCGUAUUCUAUAUCUGUACAGAUUUCAAAGCACCCAAAGCGCUCGUCUCCAAACCGCCCACGCGCCUCUCCUACGCUUGCCAAUCGAGCGACUUCAAGUGUGUCUCGCACCCGCACACCUGCAUCAAGGCGGCGAUGGUGUGUGACGGCAUACACGAUUGCACAGAUCAUUCGGACGAAUUCAACUGCACGCCGCCACAGCCGCCUACCACAUUGGCGACGGCCCAAUCGCUGACGACGCCACCAGCAACACCACUGCCAGCGCCAAUGAGUGCACCGCCCACGCACAAGCCGCUGGCAACGCAGAAGCCGGCGCAGAAGGCAACGCAGAAACCCUCACAGAAGCCCAGCUACAAGCGCUGGAAGAAGCGGCACAGCAGCCACAGCAGCCACAAGGAGCGCCGCAAUAAUCACACGCACACACACAAGCGCAAGCAGCGGUUGCGCCUGAAAAAACGACGCCAUCUGCUGCCGACGUCCGCUUUCCGCCAACCACUUGCAGCGGCAGUGCCAACACUUCGUUUGCCCGCAAUACCACAAGCAUUACCGGAGCUUUCCACCCCACCUCCACUACAGCAGACCUUCCCACGUGACCGCAGUCUGAAGCUAGAUCAACAGUCAUCACAAUUGCGCAUCGGCGAGUCGACGGAGGUCGAGUGUUAUUCCUCGGACAGCAGUUACACGGAUGUCGUAUGGGAACGUGCCGAUGGCUCGCCACUACCACUAAACAUACAGCAAAUCGGUAAUCGGCUCGUCAUCUCUCAUGUCUCCGCUUCCGACGCUGGUGACUACCGCUGCAAGUGCAAGACAGACGAGGGCGAGCUGUACACCACCAGCUACACGCUCGGCAUCGAGGAGUGGCCGCACGAAUGGAAACGUCCGAAGUUGGUACAUGCCAAUGUCGGUUCAUCUGCCCAGCUGAACUGUGAUGCGGAAGUGCCGGGCAGUUACCGUUGGUCACGCCAAUACGGUCAAAUGCAAGGUGAUCGCGAUCUGUACAACGAGCGCCUGGAAUUACAAGAUGUGCAGGCAAAUGAUGCCGGCACCUACAUUUGCACAUCAAGCACUCCAGAUGGACAGUCCGUGGAUUAUCCCAUCAUCUUAGUAGUAACCGGCGCGAUUCCGCGUUUCCAUCAGGAACCCGUCAGCUACAUGUCUUUCCCCACAUUGCCCGAGUCAUAUAUCAAAUUCAACUUUGACAUUACAUUCCGCCCCGAGCAGCCCAACGGUCUGUUGCUGUUCAACGGUCAGAAGCGUGGUAGCGGCGACUACAUUUCACUGUCGCUGAAGGAUCGCUAUCCUGAAUUCCGUUUCGACUUCGACGGCAAACCAAUGGUCAUACGCUCCGAGCGUCCAGUUUCACUCAAUGAGUGGCACACAGUGCGCGUGAAUCGUUUCCGUCGUGAUGGCUACAUACAGGUUGACGAUCAGCACCCAGUCGCUUUCCCCACACUUGCGCAAAUCUCGCCAUUAGAUCUCAUCGAAGAUUUGUACAUCGGCGGUGUGCCUAACUGGGACAUGCUGCCACAUGAUGCAGUCGAUCAGCAAGCUGGCUUCGUGGGCUGCAUCAGUCGCCUUACUCUACAAGGAACUAUCGUUGAGUUGAUGAAGGAAGCGAAACUGAAGGAGGGUAUCACCGCCUGCCGUCCAUGCCAACAAAAUCCUUGCGAGAAUGGCGGAAUCUGCCUUGAGAGUCAAACAGAAGUGGCGUACACCUGCAUCUGUCAACAGGGCUGGACCGGACAUAACUGUGGCGUCGAAGGCACACAAUGUACCCCAGGUAUUUGUGGCAGCGGACGUUGUGAAAAUACCGAAACCGGCAUGGAAUGCCUCUGUCCGCUGAACAAGACUGGCGAUCGUUGCCAGUAUAUUGAACAUUUGAAUGAGAACAGCUUGGCGUUCAAGCUUAACAGCUAUGCUGCCUAUCCGACACCACGGGCCUCUAAACUGAAUGUGAAAUUGAAGGUGAGACCUAAUUCCUUACAUGACGCAGUCCUGCUCUACGCCGCCGAAUCUAAACUCCCCAGCGGCGACUUCAUUGCUGUACUGCUGCGCGACAAACACGUGGAACUGAUUAUCAACACCGGCGCGCGUCUAAACCCUGUUCUGGUGCGAUCACAGAAUCCGUUACCAGUUAACAAAUGGACCGAAAUUGAGAUAUCACGUCGCUUCGGCGAAGGCAUCCUACGUGUUGGCAACGAACCAGAGCAACGAGCCAAGGCAACGAAGUUGGCGCGCAUGUUGUACAUAAAAACACCGCUGUACGUGGGCGGCUAUGAUCACGAAAACGUCAAACUAAACCGAGACGUGAACAUUACGCAAGGCUUUGAUGGCUGCAUCUCUGGCUUGUUCGAGGGUCAACGACAAAUCCACCUGAUUGCCGAUGUUAUCGAUGCAGCCAACAUCCAGAACUGUGGCGAAAUCAACGAGAUCGAUCAAAAUGAGUCCUUCGACAACUUCGAACAGGAUGCCACUAAACUCCAGCCAGCGACGGGCACAGAGAGCAAAGCACGAAGUGAGAAAGUAGACCAAUUAGUAGAUGCCUGCGCCAGCGACCCGUGCGAAAAUGGCGGAAGCUGCAGUGUGCACGACAGCGAAGCCGUUUGUUCGUGUCCAGUUGGUUUCACCGGCAUGCACUGUGAAGAACACAUAAGCCUCGUAUAUGACGCCAACUUCCAUGGCAACGGCUAUCUGGAGAUCAACCGUGAUCAGUUCAACUCGGACGUCGAACAAAAAUACUCAUUCGCAGCGAUGGUAUUCUCCACAACCGAUCCCAAUGGCCUUCUGCUUUGGUGGGGCCAAAAGAAAGAUGAGGAAUAUACCGGACAAGACUUCAUGGCGUUAGCCAUAGUUGAUGGCACCGUUGAAUUCUCAUUCCGUCUCAACGGCGAGGAAACCGUCAUACGCAAUCCAGACAAGCGCAUCGACGAUGGCGGCCGCCACAUUGUUUUGAUUAAGCGAACGGACAACACUGCCGUACUCGAGUUGGAUCACCUGUUGGAUGCGGGCGAAACACGUCCGACCGGCAAGGAUCAAAUGAACCUACCGGGACAUGUGUUCAUUGGUGGCACGCCGGACGUAGCCAAAUUCACUGGCGGCCGCUACACCAAGAACUUCAACGGUUGCGUGCGCGUCGUGGAGGGUGAAGCGCGAGGCAUCAUACAAUUAGGCACUGCGGCCAUCAGCGGCCAAAAUGUCGAUACGUGUUCGCACAGUUGGAAUCCGUCUAGUUUGGUUUACCACGAAAUCGACUUUAUAGACGCGCGCUUUGAUCCGUCGCUCUUCGACGAGUUCGACCAACCGCCACCGGUGCACAUACUCUACCCGCGCCCCACCAAUAAUCCAUACUACCGCAACAGUGCACCGAACGCCUACUCCCAGACGAACAGUUUGCACUUGGAGUGCAUCGUGCGGUGGAACGUCGUUUCGCUGCGCUGCUGCUGCUUGCCGCUAACCCUGACUAUCACUCUGCUGGCGUAUGUACACUCGUGUGCGCAAAAUGUGUUGCCGCGCGGCAGUUUGCAGGCGCAGCGGCAGUACACACUUGGGAGUGGCUUGAAAUAACGCCUUGAGCAUGGUUGCUUGGACCUGGAAAUACUCGCUGAUGCCUAUGCGCGACUACUCGUAUAACAGUAAAGACUGCAGUUAAUAAUUCAAAAAUGGCGGCGGUGAUGAGCUUGCAUCGAUUUAGAUCUUUAAGAAAGCAUUUAUAAUGUCUGAGAGUUAAAUUCAAUGUGGUUUAUAUGUGCGCUUCUGUGGCUAGCCGAGACUAAAUGCUAAAUAUAAACGUGUGUGGGGAAUUUGUGCCUAAAUAGCGAAUAGAGCGAGCGGAUCGAAUAUUUAGUUCAAGGCCUUGAGUUGGUCAAAACUCUAUGUGCAUGCAUACAUACAUAUACAGUAUACAUAAUACUUAUCUGCCAUUAUGCUAAAAGCUAAUUUAGGAAUAGAUAAGGAUUAUAAACGAUUCGAGACGCAAGGAGAGAGUGCGUGUCCUAAGAUUAUACGUGUGAAAGAGUUAGUUAGCUAAUGUUUGCGCAAAUGGAUAUUCAUAGUGAUAUAUUGUACAUACAAACAUACAUACAUACAUAUACAAAUAUAAAAUAUAGUAUAUAAAAUAUAGCAUAUAGUGUGAACUAAACUGUUGCAUUAUACCAUCUACAAAUACUCAAAUAUGCGAUUAUUAGCAAAAAUCAUGUAUGUGCUAAAGGUUUCUAUGAACAAAUUAUGAAUUAUAUUCAAAAAUAACUACAGCAAUUUGUAAAAAUAUUAAAUUAUUAAAAUUGGUCUCACAACUAAAACUAUGGCUGAUACAAUACGUUUUGAAUGGAACUAAAAUUUUAAUACUGGGUAGUCGAAAAAGUGUUUUCGUAUUUCUUGGCAUUCUUGGCAUAUGGUAUGACACAAUGUGAUUGAUAGCACUGGAGAUAAACGACUGCAACAACUUCUAUUGGCAAAAUACGAAAAGACUUUUUCGACUACCCAAUACAAAAUGUGAAAAUAUUUGGAUUUAUUUUAUUUUUUUAAUUUUUUUUGUUAAAUUGAAAAAUAAUUUCUUCACUCCAGAUUUUUUUAAGACAUAAAUUCUAUUUCUGUUUAACUUAAAAAUAUUUUCUCACCACUGUUUCGAUUUCUAUAAAUAUUGUAUAUUUUAUAUAUUUUUUUAUAUUUUUUUAAUGAUAUUCCAAAUAUCAGAAAAUUAAGCGAAAAAUAUCAAACUGCACAAUAAGAGUCAAUUAAAAAAUAAAUAAGAAAUACAAACAUUUAUAAAUAUGUAAAUAUGUUAGAAAAGAAUAUUGACGAAGUAUUUAAUAUUAACGAAGAGACAUGUCGACAGUAUAAAAUGCUUUCUGGCUUCUCGAAAAUGCUUUGAAGAUAUUUAGCAGUUCGAAGUAGCUCAAAAAAUGGCUUGAAUUUAAUGUACAACGGUAAUAAUAAAAUCUAGCGUAAUUUACUAUGAAAAUUUAAUUAAAAUAUACAGUAAUAGUUAAAAAUAUACAUACGUGUAUAAAUGACAAACAUAUAUACAUAUAUGUGUACUAUAUAUAUAAACAUUAUAUAUACAUAUGCAUAAAUAUAGCUUAAAAUGUAUGAAAAAUGAAAUUGGGAAAUAUGUAUGUAUGUGUUGUAGUUAAUUAUUGCAUUAGCUCAAUAUUGUAAUUACUUUGAAAGCAUUACCAUUUGAUUAUGCGCUGUGAAACAGAUCAAUAAAAAGCUAAGGUUAAUUAGUUAGGCGAAAAGUGGGCGUUAGACAAGGCACUGGAGGUCCAUUGAGGAUAUUUUUCACUUAUUCCUUAAAAGCAAUUAGAUUGCAGAAAUUUGUUGGGAUGGAAAGCAAAUGAUACAGAAAAUCUUCAUUUUCUACAUACAAGUAUUGAAAAUAGUAAUUAUUUUAUGUUGUAAUUUUUAGUAAAAAUUAUUUUAUUAUCAUUCUUAUUUCUAUUAUUAUUAUUAUCAUUAUUAUUAUUAUUAUUAUUAUUAUUAUUAUUAUUAGAAUUUAUGUAAUAAUCGCCUUAUAGUAAUAUAAUUAUUGCAAUUAUGUAUUUUUUAAAUAUUACCGGAAAUUAAUGUUAUUAUACACUCGCCACAUGUUGCACAGAGUAUAAUAGCUUUGUUCAUCUAACGUUUGUUUGUAUAACCAACAACUAAUCGAGAUACAUAGAUAUGGAGUUAUAUAUACAUAUAGACUCUAAGGCUGCUUUCUCAAUGUCUGGUUACCAGCCUUUCUGUCCAGUGAAUGGAGUUGUCCGCUUAAUAGAUCGUCCAUUUAAUAGAGCUUUCAAUGUAUUUUUUUAUUUUUUUAUUGUUUUUAUUAUCCCAGCUUCUAAGUUGGUUCAAACUGGACACAGUGUGCUAAAUUAUGCUAAGACCGGUUCAGUAGUUUAGGAGUCCAUCGCAGACAAACAACGUGGCUCGUCAUUUUUAUAUAUAAAGAUGUAUAUAAAUGAUCAGCAUAACGAGACAAGCUGAAUUCCGAGUAACUGUUUGUUUGUCCAUCCGUCCGUCCGCGCGGUAAGCUCACUGAACUUAUUCAUGAACAUCAAAUUUCUAACCAGAAUGGCAGGGAAGAGCUUUAGAGGAGCAGAUAUCAAAACUGGUCAAGGAACGUGGCACCGCCUGCCUUUAGGUGAAAGUCUAUGUCACAAGUUUAAAGCAAAGUUAGUGAUUUAUGUUACCUGCGAAAACCAUCUUCCCAUAUAAAAACUCUUUAAUUCCAACUGAUUCUUUCACUUUGCAGUAUAUACGUAUACUAUAAAUCAAACAUCAAUGAAGUAGUCAGAAUAAAACUUUGCACAACUAGUGCUCUUAAGGCACAUCAUUUACGCCCAAUAAUUUACGAUAUUGAAAGUUUUCAAGGACCCAGAUACCAAAUAUGUGAGCCCCAGUGCAACUGGCUUGGCUGUUGUGAUGUGUGUUGUGUGAGGCCUAAUAUUAAAAUUCGGGGACCUUAUUUUUUGCUGACAGCGUGACUUUGUUCCAAACCUGCGUAAAAUCCAGUUGUUACGUCCUUAGUCCCCAUAUAUCUAAUAUAAAUGUUUUCGAAAAUUCGGGUGAAUUUAUACCGCAUAUAUCGGCCUGUAUGUAGGGAAGAUAUUUAGAGAUAUUCAGAUAUUUCCUAGCGCCCGUGUACCCUUUAUAAAAUAAUUGGAAUUUUUCAUCUUUUGGUUGAUGUUGUCCUCAAACAGGUUAGGUUAGGAUCAAAAAUAUCGCACAUGGACUGCUAUGUAUAGUCCUUUAUGAUGCCAUAGAAAGGAAGAACUCCUGUGAUCGAAUUAUAAAUUUGCAAAACGCUUAGUAGCCAAUGCAAACUUGCACAGGCGUUUAAUUUCCACUCCCGCCAGCUCGGAGGGAUGUCCAAAGGUAUGCGCACCCAAGUGCUUAAGUCUUGACCGCCCAAACGUGGGACAGUCAAGAAGGAAGUGUUGAGUUGUUUCCACCUCACCUUCUUCCAUACAGCUUCGACAGAUAACAUCUGGGAGGAUUCCCAAUCUUACUACGUAGACGCCAAUAGGGCAAUGGCCCGUUAAAAGUCCCACUACUAGGGAGAGGCUAGCCUUACUGAGGGCAAAGAGAUCACCUGAUCUUUUAACAUCGAUCUUGGGCCAAAAGGCUUUUGCGACAACCCAUGUACGGAUUGUGUCCCAGCGCUGACCAAGCUUUCGCGUAGACCGCAAGAGGUUAAGGGAGUACCGAUCCGCCCCCAUUCUGCCAAUGACGGCUCUAAGGUGCCUUGCCUCAUAUACCUCACAUAUUAAAUGAAGCCCCUUUGAUUCAGCUUAUAUCAUCUAUAUCUUACUUGAGUUACUAGGUUGAUCUCAAGUGUUGCUACGUCCUAGCUUAUACAUAAUAAUAAGAUACCAAACUUAGUUGGAAUUCAUUCGAUUUCUUCGAGCAAGACCUGUUGAAUAGUUUCGCAACAGUUUUUAACAUCAAAUUCAGCAAACCUGAAAAUUUUUCCUCGCACUUGAACUUAACCGAACUAAACCCUUCCUUGCUGAUUUUAUUUUGUAUUUUUUUGUAAAUUUUUCUAAAAAAAAAAGUAUGUUUUUAUUAUUAUUACGAUAUUAUUGAUAUGUGAAAUAUAAUUUAUUGCAAAUUAAGUUUUUUUUAUUUGAACUUAGUUUUAAUUUUUUUAAUAUAAUAAUAUUUUUAUUACGUUUUAUUGCCUUUUUAUUUAUGAAUUUACUCUCAAGUUUUCUCACCUUUUUCCUUUGAUUUUUUCUCUUUCGCCCGAUCACAGAACCGACGAUGGCACCGAACCACCGGUCGUUUGAGCAUAGUUUUUACCGUUAUAUAUAAUAAACAUAUUUUUUAUAAA